GAUAAUAUUUAUAAAUAUAAUUUAUAUAUUUUAUUCAAACAAUUCAUAAUUGUGAAGAAAAGGAUAAAUGUGAUCAUAGGUGUUCGUAAUAAUCCGAAGACAACCGUUGCUUGAGCCACUCCCAUGAGAGCGAAUUAUUAUUAUUAUAUAAUGAUAAAUAAAUAAAAAGUUUUACCGUGCGCCAGCUGGUGCGCAUUUCUCCCACGGCACACGUUAGACUCACUCACUUCCCUGUGUCAGUUCCAGACUUCCAGGCCCUGGCCAGCGAUGCGUUCGUAACCAGAGUUAGUUGCACUUUAAUUCCCCCAACACUUUCUUCCGAAAAAAAAAAAAAGUAAUAGAUAAAAUCUGCUUCAUUCAGGCACCCGAUUAUCAUCAGGAAAACCUCAAUCCGUGCUAUAAUUUGUCCGUAUAUGGCCGAAUCCGACAUGUAUACGUACACCCGAGAAAAUUUCGUCUGAGAAAAAGACAUGAGGGAGGUGACGGAAGAGGGAUCGGAGAGGGGGAGCAGGGGCGUUGCAUCGAUGGAUUCAAUUGAUUCUCGCUGGGUGUACCAGGACGAGGAGGGGUCCGAGAUCGACGACGGUGGAGACGGCGGCGUCGAGUCGCCGCUGCGGGAUUCCGACGACGAGGAUAACGCCGAGCAGAGGCUGAUCCGGACGGGGCCUCGGAUCGACUCGUUCGAUGUUGAGGCGCUCGAAGUUCCUGGAGCUCAGAGGAAUGAUUUUGAGGAUGUCACUUUGGGCAGGAGAUUUGUAUUGGCCUUUCAGACACUUGGGGUCGUUUUUGGUGAUGUGGGGACUAGUCCACUAUACACCUUCAGCGUGAUGUUCAGCAAAGCACCAGUCAAUGGGGAUGAAGAUGUUCUUGGUGCACUGUCUUUAGUUUUGUACACUUUAAUUCUGGUCUCAUUGAUCAAGUAUGUCUGUAUUGUUCUUUGGGCGAACGAUGAUGGUGAAGGUGGCACAUUUGCUUUGUACUCUUUAAUAUGUAGGCAUGCCAAAGUUAGUCUUCUGCCCAACCAACUGCCAUCAGAUGCUCGCAUAUCAAGCUUUAGACUGAAGGUACCAUCUGCUGAACUGGAGAGGUCCUUGAAAAUUAAGGAAAGACUUGAAGCUUCUCUGACAUUGAAAAAGCUUCUCCUGAUGUUGGUUCUGGCUGGCACUUCUAUGGUUAUUGCUGAUGGUGUCGUCACACCUGCAAUGUCAGUUAUAUCGGCUGUCGGUGGCUUAAAAGUUGGAGUUUCUGGGUUUACACAAGUUGCUACUCAUAUUACCUUUGCUUACAGUAGAAGAAACUUUUGUCUCACUUACAAGGAAAUAUCAGUGCACUGUUUACAGAGGUACGGAACAAGUAAAGUUGGGCUUGUUGUUGGUCCUGCCUUGUUUAUAUGGUUUUGUUCUCUUGGGGGCAUUGGCAUAUACAACCUUCUCAAAUAUGACACUGGUGUUCUUCGGGCAUUCAAUCCAAUUCAUAUCUAUUAUUUCUUCCAGCGCAAUUCAACCAAGGGUUGGUACUCCUUAGGGGGAUGUAUUCUUUGUGCGACAGGUUCUGAGGCAAUGUUUGCGGAUCUAUGCUAUUUUUCUGUUAGAUCAGUACAGCUUACAUUUGGGUUGCUGGUAUUACCUUGCCUCCUUUUGGGUUACCUAGGUCAAGCUGCUUAUCUUAUGGAGAACCAUGCAGAUACAACACAGGCUUUCUUCUCUUCUGUUCCAAGUGGAGCUUUCUGGCCUGUCUUCCUCAUAGCUAAUGUAGCUGCACUCAUUGCUAGUAGGGCUAUGACGACUGCCACUUUCUCUUGUAUCAAACAAUCCACGUCACUUGGUUGCUUUCCUCGUCUGAAAAUUAUACACACCUCGAGAAAAUUCAUGGGCCAAAUUUAUAUUCCAGUCAUGAACUGGUUUCUGCUGAUUCUGACCCUUGUGUUAGUCUGCAAUAUCUCAAGUAUUUAUGAGAUUGGCAAUGCAUAUGGGAUUGCUGAACUUGGAGUAAUGAUGAUGACUACAAGCUUAGUGACCCUAGUGAUGCUUCUUAUAUGGCAGAUAAACAUUAUUGUUGUGAUGAGUUUUGUUAUCAUAUUCCUGGGGUUGGAGUUGACCUUCUUUUCUUCCGUUUUGUGGAGUGUGGGGGAUGGGAGUUGGAUCAUACUCGUGUUCGCCAUUGUCAUAUUCUUAAUAAUGUACAUCUGGAACUAUGGGAGCAAGCUAAAGUAUGAAACAGAAGUGAAGCAAAAGAUGUCAAUUGACGUGCUGCGGGAACUGGGUCCCAAUCUGGGGACAGUUAGAGCUCCUGGCAUUGGAUUGCUUUACAAUGAGCUGGCAAAGGGGAUACCUUCUAUAUUCGGGCACUUCCUGACCACUCUACCCGCUAUUCAUUCGAUGAUCAUAUUUGUGUGUAUAAAGUAUGUCCCGGUAUCUGUAGUGCCUCAAAGUGAGAGAUUCCUUUUCAGACGAGUUUGCGCGAAAAGCUACCACAUAUUCCGUUGUGUUGCCAGAUACGGGUACAAGGACGUGCGCAAGGAAAACCACCAGAACUUCGAGCAGCUGCUAAUCGAAAGCCUCGAGAAAUUCAUCCGGCGUGAAGCCCAGGAGAGAUCCCUGGAGAGCGACGGCGACGAGGACGACUCUGAAGAAGAAAACAACUUGUCGAGAAUCCUAAUCGCUCCCAACGGCAGCGUCUACUCCCUCGGCGUCCCUCUCCUGGCCGAGUUCAAGGACACGACCAACUUCAUCUCAGGGGCAACCACACUGCAGGAAGUCGAGGAAAAUCAAGCUGGGGCCCACAACGAGCAGUCGGCUGCCGAUGCCGAGCAGAGCCUCGAGAAGGAGCUCUCGUUUUUGCGCAAGGCAAAGGAGUCGGGAGUCGUGUAUCUCCUCGGGCACGGGGACAUUAGGGCCCGCAAGGAGUCGUGGUUUAUCAAGAAGCUUGUGAUUAACUACUUUUACGCCUUCUUGAGGAGGAAUUGCAGGCGGGGGACUGCAAAUCUGACUGUUCCCCACUCGCACCUCAUACAGGUCGGCAUGACUUACAUGGUUUGAUGUGUAUCUAGAUAUCUUUCCUUGUGCAACUGGUGGUUUGGAAAUGUAGUGAUUGUGUAGUAGUUUAACGUACCGAUGUGAAUGAGUUUUCUGUUUUUGGCCUUGUAAAAUGUUCAUGCUUUGAGUUGUCGUGUCAUUUUAUACUAAGAGUUGUUUGGGGUAUGAUUAUUGAUCAUGGGGUGAGCCUAGUUGUACUUGAUGAUAGCAGUAGCGUUUCCAGUUAUUGAUUGGCGGCGCAAUGUCGAUUAUUUCAGGCAAGUUUGUGUUUGAUUUGAACGUGUUACUAUUGACGUUUAGUGUAGACAUGGCCAAGUUCUGAACUGACCUAUUGAACUGACUGAACCGGCCUGUUGACCAA